AUCAAAGCUACAUAAUGUCCGUAGCUCGUUCAUCCGUCCAUGCCAAAUGGAUUGUGGGGAAGGUGAUUGGGACAGCAAUGCAAAAAACUGCUAAAGUGAGAGUGACCAGGCUUGUUCUGGAUCGCUAUUUACUGAAGUAUUUUAAUAAGCGAAAAACCUACUUUGCUCAUGAUGCUCUUCAGCAGUGCACGGUUGGGGAUAUUGUGCUUCUCAAAGCUUUACCUGUACCACGAACAAAGCAUGUGAAACAUGAACUGGCUGAGAUCGUUUUCAAAGUUGGAAGAGUCAUAGAUCCAGUGACAGGAAAACCCUGUGCAGGAACUACCUACCUGGAGAGUCCAGUCAGUUUGGAAACAACCCACCUAACCAAAAAUCUGGAAGAACUUGAUAUCUCUUCGUCACAGUGAUGGAAGAUUAGAAGAAGAAGCCAAAGGGAAAAAUGUACACAUUUGCUUUAUGGAAAAAGAAAUUUUUCUAAGUUUCAUCACAAACUGUCUGGUUUCUCUUGUAGUAUUUGUGAAAUGGUUAAAAGUAAAUGAAGCAAAGGGCUUGUUUUAAUUUUUCAUAAAGGUUUA